AUUAAGAAUUGGCCUUGUUUUUGUUUUGUAGCUGCGUGUCUAUCUUUAGUACUUUACUCUUUGCAAGUGUUAUUUGUGACAUAACAUAACGAUGGUGGUGACGACAUCAACCCCAACAAGAUUCUCGUCUUCAUUAUUAUGUUACUGUUACAGCCGCACAUUUCCUCACUUCCAAAAAAACAUCUGCAACAACGCUGACGUCACAGCUACUACUUCUACUGUACCAUUCAGUAGUAGAAGAAGAAGAAGUAGAAGAUUAUUAUUAUCAAUGGCGGUGAAAACUAGGGAGCAAGAUAUGGUGUUGGAAGAAGAGAAGAAGAAAUUGCAGAUAGGUAUUGCUGAAUUCUACGAUGAAUCUUCUGGUAUAUGGGAGAAUAUUUGGGGUGAUCAUAUGCAUCAUGGGUUUUAUGAUCCUGAUUCUACUGUUUCUGUUUCUGAUCAUCGUGCUGCUCAGAUCCGUAUGAUUGAACAAUCUUUGAAUUUUGCUUCUCUUUCUCAAGAGGACCCAACAAAAUGGCCCAAGAGUGUAGUUGAUGUUGGGUGUGGCAUAGGGGGAAGUUCAAGGUACCUGGCCAAGAAAUUUGGGGCAAGUUGUGUUGGCAUCACUCUGAGUCCUGUUCAAGCUGAAAGAGCUAAUGCUCUUGCUGCUUCUCAAGGAUUAGCUGACAAGGUUUCCUUUCAAGUUGCCGACGCUCUAGAGCAACCAUUCUCUGAUGGUCAGUUUGAUCUGGUAUGGUCAAUGGAGAGUGGAGAGCAUAUGCCUAACAAAGCAAAGUUUGUUGGAGAGUUAGCUCGAGUAGCAGCACCAGGCGGCACCAUAAUAAUAGUAACAUGGUGCCAUAGGGAUCUUGGUCCGGAUGAAAAAUCCCUACAACCAUGGGAGGAGAAUCUCUUGAAGAAGAUAUGUGAUUCAUUUUAUCUUCCCGAAUGGUGCUCAACUGCUGAAUAUGUCAAAUUGCUCGAGACCAUGUCCCUUCAGGACAUCAAAUCAGCAGAUUGGUCUCCCUUCGUUGCUCCAUUUUGGCCGGCAGUCAUACGUUCGGCAUUAACAUGGAAGGGUUUCACUUCAAUCUUAAGGAGUGGGCUAAAAACUAUAAAAGGAGCAUUGGCUAUGCCAUUGAUGAUAGAAGGAUUCAGGAAGGGUGUAAUCAAGUUUGCCAUUAUCACAUGUCGAAAGCCGGAAAACGAUGAGAAGGGUGAAUGAUUUUAUUUAUAUAGUGAAACAGAUUUCCUACAUUUCAUUUAUUUUGAUAGAUCAAAAAUAAAAGAAAAUAAGAAAUAAAGACACAUCUUAUUGGAAUUAAAUAAGUGAUAUUGAAGGAAAGAUGUAAGCUAGUUCUUGUUAGCCCCCA